AUCCGCCAUGGCAAACAUGCUAAUGGCAUCUUCCUCCAAAUCCGUGUUUGCCAUGGCAUCUUCCUCAAAAUCUCUCCAAUCUCCCACCACCACCACCACCACCACUCCAAAACCAAAACUCUCUCUUCCAAAAACCCCUCUCAAAUCCCUAAAUUUCUCUCUCCUGAAAUCCGCCGCCAUUUCCAUAACUCCACUUUCUCUCUCCUACCUCCUCCCUCACCCUUCCUUCGCUGAAGAAAUCGAAAAGGCUUCUCUCUUCGAUUUCAACCUCACUCUUCCUAUUAUCAUGGCGGAAUUUCUCAUCCUCAUGUUUGCUCUCGACAAAAUUUACUUCACUCCACUUGGUGAUUUCAUGGAUAAACGUGAUUCUGAUAUUAAAGAGAAAUUAUCUGAUGUUAAAGAUACUUCUUCUGAAGUUAAACAACUUGAAGAACAAGCUAAUGCUGUUAUGCGUGCUGCGCGUGCUGAGAUUUCUGCUGCGUUGAAUAAGAUGAAGAAGGAAACUCAAGUUGAAGUUGAGGCGAAAUUGCUUGAAGGUAGGAAGAAAGUUGAAGCUGAACUUCAAGAAGCGUUGGCUAAUUUGGAGAAACAGAAAGAUGAAACGAUUAAAUCUUUGGAUUCUCAGAUUGCUUCUCUUAGUGAAGAUAUUGUUAAGAAGGUUCUCCCUGUUUCUUGAUUUUUAUUAUUAUGUGUUUUUGUUAGUUGUGUCAAAUUUGUAUGUGAAAUUGGAUAUAUAUGAAUUAUGAUGAUGAAUUAUAGUAUAUGAUACAAUGUUUUUACUUUUGAA